UUAACGUGCUAGUGGGGAAGCUGGCGAGACAAAACAAAAGGCACACAUUACAGUACACACAUUUCAACCACCUGGCGCUGGUCGCUUGUUAUUUGCAUUUUGUUUGUUUGUUUUCCCCCCUUCCCCCGAUUCAAUAUUUUUUAAUAUAUUGUUUGGGCAUGCCGAGCAGUACGUCUUUGCUGGAGGCGGAGGAGGGAGAAUCCGAGGUCCCACCGCCGCCGCUAGCGCACGCUUUCGCCGGUAUGGGCCUUGACGAGCACCUCGGCAAUCAAAGCCAGGCGGCAGCCGAGCAAUCGGAUGAAAGUUCAGCCUUGUACCACCACCACCACCAGCAGCUCAUCCCGGCGUCCCACUUUAACCUCCUCGGUACGGUCCUCGACUUGAAGCCACUGCAGCAUCGUGCACCUUCGGGAGACGAAGGGAACGUCACGCCCGAGGACGAAGACCCACAAGUUUCAACCACGUCGGGGAGCCCGUUGCUAUCGCAGGCCCACCAAUACAUCCAUUCUUCGGUUCCGGCCGGCCCCACGAUGCCGUCCGCUUUGGAUCAAGUCGAGACGGUGUUGUUAUACAACGGAGACGAGCGGGGGGACGACGCUGGCGUGUACUGCGGAGAGCCGGGUGGCGGCUGCUUUGAGGCCGAGGCGUCGCUCCUGGCUCGCCGGAAAAGUGUCAACACGACUGAAUGCGUGGCCGUGCCCAGUUCCGAACACGUUGCGGAGAUCGUGGGCCGACAAGGUUGUAAGAUCAAAGCGCUCCGAGCCAAGACCAACACGUAUAUCAAGACGCCGGUGAGGGGCGAGCAGCCAGUUUUUGUUGUGACCGGACGCAGGGAGGACGUAUGCAUGGCCAAGCGGGAGAUUUUGUCAGCCGCUGAGCACUUCUCCCUCAUCCGGGCAUCGCGGAACAAAGCAGGCUCUCUGUCUGUGGCGUCUGGCCCGGGGAUCCCGGCUCUGCCCGGGCAGACCACCAUUCAGGUGCGGGUGCCAUAUCGUGUCGUAGGACUGGUUGUGGGUCCUAAAGGGGCAACAAUCAAGCGUAUCCAGCAGCAGACGCACACCUACAUCGUGACACCGAGUCGCGACAAGGAGCCGGUGUUCGAGGUGACUGGCAUGCCAGAGAACGUAGACCGCGCCCGCGAGGAGAUAGAGGCGCAUAUCGCCCUUCGCACGGGCACCUGCGGCAGUGGGGUGGAGGUGCCCGGCGCUGACAACAACGACUUCCAGUUCAACGGCACGGAUGUCAGCUUUGACAAUAACGGCGAAGCCGGGUGGCUCGGCCCUGGGGGCCUCCUCCCGGCGAACCAGAGCGGCGGCGCUCAGCGGGCCCACACGGGCGGCGGUGUGCGCAUGUCUUCCACCUAUCGCAACGACAGCUCCAGCUCCCUGGGCAGUGGCUCCAGCUCCACUGACUCCUUCUACGGAGGAGGGGGCAGCGGCACCAACUGCAUGGGCGACUUCAGCCCCACCUGCUCGUUCAAUGCCAAUUCCAACAACAACAAUAACAGCAGCAAUGACAACCCGGGGGCCUCCAGCUUCUGGUUUGGAGACGGCCUACCACCAGUGGGUUCAGAGGAGCCCAUCACAGUGGCGGGCGCUAGCUCCUCGUCAGGAUUCGAACCCCUGACCGUCUCCACUAGCGGCGCGCCUCAGCACAUCUGGAGCCCCUUCGUGGACCACCAAAGCCUCCAGGUCUUCGACGCAAGGCCUGCUCAGACAAGUCAACCCGGGACGCCCCGUCUCUCGCCCACCUUCCCGGCUGAGGUGCUAGAGCACCCCCAGGGAUUGCACGUGCUCCACGCCCCCUUUAGCAGCGCUCACCGCCCGCCCUCCUACUGCUCGGCCUUCUCCUCCUCCUCCGGCGACAGCUCGUCUUCGUCGCCGCCCGAACCUUCCCUAGCCUAUGGCGCGGGGGCCUCGGCAGGGCCGGGGCGCCGCCCGGGCCCCGACGUGUGCAUCCGCUGCCUGGAUGGCCGGGCCGUGGCUGCGCUGGUCCCCUGUGGCCACAACCUCUUCUGCGUCAAGUGCGCCACCCAAAUCUGCCAGUGUCCUGACGCCGCCUGCCCCGUGUGCCUGUCACCUGUCACUCGGGCCCUUCGGCUGCGCAACAUGUGACUGGCGGCUCGCCAAAUCCUCAAAUGUAGCAACCAGAAAACGUUUCAAACGUUUUAGCCACCUUUUGAUCCUUUUUUAUUUUUUGAUUUGCAGCAGUCUCUUGUGACUGCCGUCCUCCGGAGUGAGCAAGUGAGCAUGUUUACAAACGGCAGGACCCCCGGCUCGUUUCGUAUUAACCAGUCGUAUUAUACACUCAUGCAUUACAUACUACAGCGGCACGACAAGCCGCCUUUUAUUCUCUCUUUCUAAACACUCCAUAGGGCGUCAACUCGUUACCUUAGCAGUGCUACUCUUUUUAUUUCCCAGUUUGCAGAAGUCACUACACCAGGAUCAAAAUCGUUUACGGUUCAAUCUCGUGCCUGAAAUUAAGUUAUAAACAAAAAAUAUACAUAUGACAAAAAAAGCUUACAAAAAUGACUUUGAAAAGCGUGGCCUUUUGUGUUUAGACUGAUGUACUGUACACAUCGGGGUCCCAAGUCUUACAAAUGAUUUCUUUUGCUUCCUCAUCCUUUUUUGAGCAUACUUAAUACUAACAUUCCUUUCACAAAACCUGCUGUAAAUCUAGGAACAACUCGUUGAAUGUUCUCCAGUGUUGACAUUUUCUUUUAUUAAACGUACGACUUUCAUUUCCUCGUCCUGCCGCCGGGCCUAUGCAAGAGUCCGCCUGGGUUUGGACAACCAGGACGAGGAAAUUUAAUGAGGGACUUGACGGUACUUUCUGUUGGGACUCAGGGGAGGGUUUUUUGUUUUUUACUCCGCCAUUCCUCAUGCCCCAAAAAUGAAAUCAUCUCAGUUAAUGUUUCGAUCUAAUGAACUGUUGGGAUGUUUUUGAGGGAGAAGCGCCUGGAAUGUAAACACUCCACAACUAAAUUAAGUUUUUUUUGGUAGUAGUAUUUGGGAUUGAACUCAAGUUUGAGUGAUUCUUUGCUUGAAAACUAAGACACCCAAGAUGAUACCCUCCAGGUUCUUUUCCCUCUAAUCAAUAUCCGUCCUUUGUUGGUGUUUUUUUUUUUUUUUUUUUUUGGGGUGGGGGUGAAUGCAAUAUACAUGGUCAACCCUCAGCUUAUUGUAUUAUAUUGUUAAGGACUGAGAACUGAGAUGUACAGAAGUUAUUUUUAUUUUGUUACAUUUCAUAUUCUAUAUAUAUAUAUAUAUAUAUAUAAAUAUAUAUAUCUGGAAAAAGUAACUAUAUUCCGAUGUUUACAAUAAGAUUUAAAUUUUUUAAUUUUUCUUUGCGCGGGCGAUAAACACGAAUGAAUUUGCUAUGCUUUAUCCACUUUGUAGUUAGAUUAUUGGAACGCCACCACUGGAAAUAUGGAAUGUGCAUACACAAGCAUGUCUGCGUUUAAUAAAAAAAUAAAAUGUAAGAUAGUAAAAAAAAUAGUUAAGUGAAAUUAAACCGCUGAAUAUAAGAACUGCCUGUUAAUACGUAUUCAACAAAGUGUAAAAUUUUUUUAGUAGCCGUUUUUGUGCUAAUUUUACUACUUGAUGUAUAUGUAGGGAGCAAGUCUUAUGGCAUAUAUAUAUAUAUAUAUAUAAAAAUUAAUACAAAAUGGCAGAGUCAGGCGUUAAAAAAAGCAAGACUAUAUUUUAUAAAUGGGCCUUUUAAGUUAUUGCGGCCUAAGCACUGAUGUUGUUAUAUUUGCUGUAAAGAGAAUUUUAAGAGUUUUAUUUUUCUGAUAUUAAAGUUACUUAAUAAAGAUGGUUUCAUUUUAAGCCA